CGGUUUGCGCAUAUCACUUGGUAACGCUGCGGAACUCGUAGCUUUGUGUAGAAUUGUUGUUGUUGUUGUUUGUUGUUCAUAUCGCGAGCCCGCUGUGUCCUGGUCAUGCUGUUCGAAGUGUCAAACAUUUCAGCGUUUCAGCAUUUCAACUUUCCCAUCAUGCAUUGUGGGUUCGGGUGGUUUUAUUUUCACUUUCACUCUGUCGGAUGGUAAGCGGUUCGUUCCUGCGCAGCAGAGUCACUUUUCUGUAGAACAUGGCCCUGCUGUUUUUCUUCCUGAGUUUCUUCUUCGUGCCAUCGUCUUGGGCAGCUGUGGCACAAACCAAAGACUCCUUGUUCCCAAAAUCCACCAGCGGAGAGACGUUUCCCUGGAACAAGAUGAGGCUUCCACAGACCGUCUCUCCGUUCCAUUACACUCUCCUCGUUCAGCCGAACUUCACCAGCCUCGACUUCAGUGGGAGCGUGAAGAUCCGAGUUGACAUCCUCGAGGACACCCACACCGUCGUCCUCCACGCCAAGGAUCUCACCAUCUCCAGGGCGGGUCUCCGGGGUUUGGCUGAGGGUCACAGCCAGGCUCUGAAGGUGCUGGAGUAUCCAGCCUACCAGCAGAUCGCUCUCGUUAGUGAGAACAUGGUGCUGAGGAGAGGAGGCGUCUACGUCAUCGAACUGGAGUUUGCGGCCAAACUGUCCGAGAGUUUCCACGGGUUUUAUAAAAGCACGUACCGCACCAGCGAUGGAGAGGAACGGGUCCUGGCUUCGACGCAGUUUGAGCCGACGAGCGCGAGAGCAGCUUUCCCCUGCUUCGACGAACCCGCGUUCAAAGCCAACUUUACCAUUCACAUCCGCCGAGAGAGCAGACACAUGUCCAUCUCCAACAUGCCCAAGCUGAGGACGCUGUCACUCCCAGACGGUCUGUAUGAGGAUCAGUUUGACGUGACUGUAAAGAUGAGCACCUACCUGGUGGCCUUUAUCGUGUGUGACUUCCUGUCCAUCAGCAGACACACUCAGCAUGGAGUCGAGAUCUCGGUCUACGCCGUACCCGAGAAGAUCGAGCAGGCCAAGUUUGCUCUGGAUGCGGCGGUGAAGCUGCUGGACUUCUACGAUGAUUACUUUGACAUUCCCUACCCUCUUCCCAAACAAGAUCUCGCUGCAAUCCCUGAUUUCCAGUCAGGCGCUAUGGAGAACUGGGGUCUGACCACAUACAGGGAGUCGGCUUUGCUGUUUGACCCCCACAAGUCCUCGGCUUCUGACAAGCUGGGCAUCACCAUGAUCAUCGCACACGAGCUCGCCCAUCAGUGGUUUGGGAAUCUGGUGACCAUGGAGUGGUGGAACGAUCUCUGGCUGAACGAGGGCUUCGCUAAGUUCAUGGAGUUUGUGUCGGUGAACAUCACCAACCCCGAGCUGCAAGUGGAGGAUUACUUCUUGGAGAAGUGUUUUGAGGCGAUGGAUGUAGACUGUUUAAGCUCCUCCCACCCCGUGUCCACCCCCGUGGAGAACCCGGCCCAGAUACAGGAGAUGUUUGAUGACGUCUCUUACGACAAGGGUGCGUGUAUCCUGCACAUGCUGAGGGAGUUCCUGAGUCCUGAAGCCUUUAAAACAGGGAUCGUUGCCUACCUGAAACGCUACAGCUACCAGAACACUGUCAACACACACCUGUGGGAGAGUCUGACCGAUAAGCAGCACUCUGAGGUGGACGUGAGGGCAAUGAUGGAGACAUGGACACUGCAGGAAGGCUUCCCGAUCAUCACGGUGGAGGUUAGAGGUCGAGAAGUGCGUCUGAGUCAGGAGCGAUUCCUGAAGGGCGAGGACACGUCCCAAAACUCGGGGUUCCUGUGGCACGUUCCUCUGACGUACGUCACCAGCGGCUCGAGCGCAGUGCAUCGCUUGCUCAAGACCAAGACAGAUGUCCUGUACCUGCCCAAGGAAGUGGACUGGAUCAAGUUUAAUGUGGACAUGAGCGGAUACUACAUCGUCCAUUACUCGGGCUCGGGUUGGAACGACCUCAUCGCUCUGCUCAACCACAACCACACGGCUCUGAGCAGCAACGACCGCGCCAGCCUGAUCAACAACGCCUUCCAGUUGGUCAGCGUGGGGAAGCUGCCGCUGGACAAAGCUCUGGACCUGUCCCUGUACCUGAGCAAGGAGACCGAGAUCAUGCCCGUGACGCAGGGCUUCAGUGAGCUCGUCCCACUUUACAAGCUGAUGGAGAAGAGGGAUGCGCUGAAGGUGCUGGAGAACCAGAUUAAGAGCUACAUCGUGCACCUGUUCCGCAAGCUCAUCGAUCAGCAGGUGUGGAGCGAUGAGGGAUCGGUGUCUCAGAGAAUGCUUCGCAGUUACCUCCUCCUGUUCGCGUGUGUGAGGGAUCACCUGCCCUGCGUCUCCAAAGCCACUGAGCUCUUCAACAAGUGGAAGGAGUCUGAUGGCAACAUGAGUCUUCCUAACGACGUCAGUCUGGCAGUGUUUGCGGUUGGAGCUCGCACCGAAGAAGGAUGGAACUUCCUGUUUGAGAAGUAUCGUGAAUCGCUCUACACUUCUCUGAAGAGCCGGAUCAAGUCGGCUCUUACCAUCACGGCCCUCGAUCACAAACUGAAAUGGAUGAUGGAGCAGAGUUUGGAGGGUUCGGUGAUGAAGACGCAGGACCUGCCGUACGUCGUGGUGUCCAUCAAUAGGAACCCUAAAGGCUACAAACAUGCCUGGGAUUUCCUGAGGGCAAACUGGCACUCACUGGUGAAGAAGUUCGACCUCGGCUCCCACUCCAUAGCGCACAUGGUGACGGGGGUGACGGGGCAGUACUCCACCAGAGAGAAGCUACAGGAGAUUCGCAGCUUCUUCAGUUCUCUGAGCGCAGAGACGGGCGCCGAGCUGAGGUGCAUCCAGCAGGCACUGGAGAACGUGGAGGAGAACAUCCGCUGGAUGGAUAAGAACCUGCCGCUGCUGCAGGCCUGGCUGGAUAAGAACCAUCCGGUAGCACGGAAGAGCCCCAAUUUACACACGGACCUGUGAAGAUCCAAAAUCAGCAGCACCUGAUCACUGAAACAGAUAAGAAAAGAAAUUAGUCAAAAGUGUGUGUGUGAGUGAUUUGGUGGAAUACUUGGUGGUGUGUGAGGGUGGGGGGACCUCAGGGGUUCCCCCUAUAAAUAAAUCAAACUGAUUGGGCCUUAUUUUUAUUUCUUUGCACUGAUUUGGAUCAAUAUGUUCAUUUCAUUUGAGAUUCUAUUUAUUUUCAGAUCACAUACAACGGCAAUAAAAUGAACACAUUUUUGCAGCUGUUUCUGGAAAAAGUACAGACUCCCCUCUGCUCAUUGAGCACUCAUCUUUAUUUAACAUAAAAUAAAAAGAAGAGUAGUUUUGCACUAAAUUUGUACCUUUUUUUUUUUUUUAAGACGUCCCGCUCUCGGUCGAGGCUGCUGUACUACUGCUUUGUGUUUUACUGUACAAAUGUUUUGAUCGAUUUACAUAAACGUUGAAAUAAAACUUCGAAAUUGGA